AUGAUGAACUCCCAACGGGAAGAGCGUGCGUCGCAGGAUAUUGCCUCUGAUGUGUCGUCUAUAUCGGCCCCCAGUUCUAGCAAACCUUCAGAUACAGGACUAGCCCGGAAUACAGGGUCAAAAGAAACCGAGGAAUCAAGUCGAUCUUCAUUAGGAAGAUAUCCCACUGAAGAUGAGAUCGUUCGUGUGCUUUCUCGGCGACGCACCAGCGGAUCUGGAGAAGCCUCGGAAGGAACUGAAGAUAUGGCCCAGAUCGUGAAACUCGUCUCACGAAUGUUUGGCCGAGAGAGGAAGGUUAACUCUGACGAGGAAAAAACACGGCAUGCCGGAGUCGUAUGGCAUAAUUUGACUGUGAAAGGAGUUGGCCUUGGAGCCGCUAUUCAACAGACCAACUCCGAAGUAAUACUCGCUCUACCUCGAAUGAUUAAUAGUCUGUUGACUCAGGGAAGGAAGAAACCUCCGUUGCGGACUAUUAUAGAUGAGUUCACAGGCUGCGUUAGACCCGGGGAAAUGCUUCUUGUCCUUGGUCGGCCUGGCUCAGGGUGCUCUACCUUCUUGAAAGUGAUUGGAAAUCAGAGAUCAGGCUAUAGAAGCGUUGAAGGUGACGUACGUUACGGGGGUGCUGAUGCUCAAACAAUGGCAGAUAAAUACCGCUCUGAGGUACUCUAUAAUCCUGAAGACGAUCUUCACUACCCAACUUUGACCGUAAGAGAUACUUUGUUGUUCGCUCUGAAAACACGUACCCCUGACAAAGCGUCACGCCUUCCUGGAGAGUCUCGAAAAGAAUACCAGGAAACAUUCUUAUCUGCCAUAGCUAAGCUCUUCUGGAUUGAACAUGCCCUUGACACAAAAGUUGGUGAUGAACUAAUUCGUGGGAUUUCCGGAGGCGAGAAGAAGCGUGUUUCUAUUGCAGAGGCACUCGUAACGCGCGCAUCUACUCAGUCUUGGGAUAACUCAACAAAAGGAUUGGAUGCAAGUACGGCGCUGGAGUAUGUGCAGAGCUUGAGGAGCCUAACAGAUAUGGCAAAUGUCUCCACACUUGUGGCCCUUUAUCAAGCGUCUGAGAAUCUCUAUAACCUGUUUGACAAAGUGCUCCUCAUUGAAGAGGGCAAAUGUGUCUACUAUGGCCGUGCCGAAUCUGCCCGUCUCUAUUUUGAGAACCUGGGUUUUGAAUGCGCCCCUAGAUGGACUACCCCAGACUUCUUACUAUCAGUAGUUGACCCACAGGCUCGUCGUGUCCGGCAAGGAUGGGAAGGCCGUAUUCCGCGAACAGUGGAUGCACUCCAGAAGAUUUACCGCAAGAGUGAUACCUAUACGGCCUCCCUGACUGACAUCGAGGAUUUCGAGGAAGAACUCGAAUCUCAGAACCCAGAACGUGAAUCUACUAGAAAAGAAUCGCCCAACAAGAAUUACGCCGUUUCAUUCUAUCACCAGGUUGUCAUUCUGACUCAUCGUCAAUUUCUCAUCAUGUACGGUGACAAGAAGACCCUAAUUGGCAAGUGGGUGAUAUUGACCGGACAAGCCCUAAUAACCGGGGCGCUUUUCUAUGACUUACCCCCUACGAGUGCCGGCGUGUUUCUUCGUGGUGGAGUCUGUUUUUAUGUGUUGCUCUUCAAUGCUCUACUCGCGCUAGCUGAACUAACAUCUUUCUUCACACAUCGCCAAAUUUUGUUAAAGCAUAAAAGCUUUUCUUUCUACCGACCUUCUGCCUUUGCUCUGGCUCAAGUGAUCGUCGACAUUCCAAUAAUAUUUAUCCAAGUUACACUCUUCGAACUGAUAGUGUAUUUCAUGGCCAACCUCUCAAGAACCGCCUCCCAGUUUUUUAUCAAUUUCCUGUUUAUAUUUAUUCUUACUAUGACCAUGUACUCCUUUUUUCGCACUAUUGGAGCGAUAUGCGGUUCUCUCGAUAUUGCCACACGUAUUACUGGCGUUGCCAUUCAGGCCCUCAUCGUUUAUACAGGAUACCUUAUCCCACCUUGGAAAAUGCACCAAUGGCUGAAGUGGCUCAUCUGGAUCAACCCAGUACAGUAUGCCUUUGAGGGAGUAAUGUCAAACGAGUUCUAUAAAUUGGACAUUCAAUGCCAACCACCAAGCAUUGUUCCAGAUGGUCCAAAUGCAUCAUCCGGUCAUCAAACAUGUGCGAUUCAAGGGUCCAGUACUGACCAACUAGUUGUUCAAGGUUCUAAUUAUAUCAAAAGCGCCUUCACAUAUAGUAGGUCUCACCUGUGGCGCAAUUUCGGCAUCAUAGUUGCGUGGUUAGUUCUAUUCGUUGUGUUGACUAUGCUCGGGAUGGAGCUGCAAAAGCCUAACAAAGGAGGUAGCUCUGCUACUGUAUUCAAAAGAGGCGAAGAGCCAGAAAUUGUCAAAGAGGCCCUUGAGAAAAAUGAACUUCCAGAAGAUGUGGAAAAGGGAUAUAAAGAAAACGGCAUCAGCGAUAACAUGAACGAGAAUGCACCAGAAGACUAUCAAGAGAAAGUCGUUGGCAUUGCUCGGAGUACAUCCAUUUUCACUUGGAGAAAUGUGAACUAUACGAUACCUUACAAAGGUGGAGAGAAACAGCUCUUGCAAAAUGUGCAGGGAUCAGUCAAGCCAAAAAGACUAACGGCUUUAGUGGGUGCCUCCGGAGCAGGGAAAACUACACUUCUAAAUACGCUAGCACAGCGAAUAAAAUUUGGUGUCGUGUCUGGCGAAUUCUUGGUUGAUGGAAGGCCCCUUCCAAAUAGCUUCCAAAGAGCAACCGGAUUUGCCGAGCAGAUGGAUAUCCACGAACCUACAGCUACCGUAAGGGAGUCUUUACGAUUUUCAGCGCUCCUUCGCCAGCCUAAGGAGAUAUCCAUCCAUGAGAAAUAUGAUUACUGUGAAAAGAUCCUCGACCUCUUGGAAAUGCGAUCAAUCGCAGGGGCCACAGUGGGUUCAGAGUCUUUGAGCCCGGAACAGCGCAAGCGAUUGACUAUCGGCGUCGAGUUAGCGAGUAAGCCGCAGCUGUUGCUCUUCUUGGAUGAGCCAACUUCCGGUCUCGAUUCUCUGGCUGCUCUCAAUAUUAUACGGUUUCUUCGACGGCUCGCAGAUGCCGGUCAAGCAAUUCUGUGUACGAUUCAUCAGCCUUCGGCUGUGGUGUUCGAACAAUUUGACGAUCUAUUGCUCCUGCAAAGUGGAGGCAAGACGGUUUAUAAUGGCGAGCUGGGGCAUGAUUCUAGUAAACUUAUUAGUUACUUUGAGCGAAAUGGAGGCAAGAAAUGUCCGCCUCAUGCGAAUCCUGCAGAGUACAUGCUUGAGGUCAUAGGUGCUGGGAACCCUGAGUAUAGGGGGCAGGAUUGGUCUGAAGUAUGGAUUAGAAGUCACGAGAACAAACAAUUGACAGAUGAAAUCGACAGUAUUAUUCAGUCCCGCCGUAAUAAGAGUCAGCAACAUAAUGCUGACAACUACCGUCAUUAUGCAAUGCCUAUCUGGGUGCAGAUCAUAACAGUAACAAAACGGGCAUUUGUUGCUUACUGGAGAUCUCCUGAAUAUAAUAUUGGGAAGUUUCUUCUACACAUAUUCACAGGCCUAUUCAACACCUUUACCUUCUGGCACUUGGGGAACAGUUACAUUGACAUGCAGUCUCGAUUGUUUUCCAUUUUUAUGACGCUCACUAUAGCACCACCCCUCAUCCAACAACUGCAACCACGCUUCCUCCAUUUCCGGAAUCUUUAUGAGUCUCGCGAGGCAAAUUCCAAGAUCUACUCAUGGGUUGCAUUUGUGACCAGCGCCAUCCUCCCAGAAUUACCUUAUUCCAUUGUUGCCGGAUCCCUCUACUUUAAUUGCUGGUACUGGGGUGUUUGGUUUCCCCGGGACUCAUUCAGUUCAGGUUACGUCUGGAUGCUUCUCAUGCUCUUUGAGAUGUUCUAUGUGGGGUUCGGCCAGUUCAUCGCCGCUCUCGCACCCAACGAACUUUUUGCCUCCCUCCUCGUCCCUUGCUUCUUUAUAUUUGUCGUGUCCUUCUGUGGAGUGGUUGUCCCGUACAGAGCUCUUAUCCCGUUCUGGCGAUCCUGGAUGUACUGGCUUACCCCUUUUCACUACCUCUUGGAAGGCUUCCUCGGCGUCGUGACACAUAAUGUCCCUGUCCGAUGCGCCCCCAGGGAGGAGUCACAAUUCAGUGCCCCCCCAGGGGAGACUUGCCAAAGCUACGCUGGGCGCUUUGUGCAGCAAGUCGGAGGAUACGUACGUGAUGUGGGGAAUGGGCUCUGCUCUUUCUGCCCGUACUCGAGUGGUGAUGCCUUCGCCAAUGACAGCUUCAAUGUAUACUAUUCUCUUAAGUGGAGAGACUAUGGCAUCUUUUCGGCCUAUGUUAUAUUCAACUUUGCAGCUGUGUAUGCGUUCUCAUGGUUAUAUCUCCAUGGGGUAAGUGAUAUCAAGAAGUGGUUUAGUAUAAGGAGAGCGAAGAAGGGACUACAGGCGUGA